AAUGACUCCUUCUGGACUUGGAACACCAACGACAACAAAGGGCAACAAGGUCAAUUCCCAGUUUCCAAGUUCCUCGGUAACAACAACAACAGCAAGUCUCAGACGUUGGUGUUGGGUCCUGGCUUUGGUGCUGGUGUCGGGUGCGGUGCUGGCUUAGGAUUCGGUCUGGUCGGUGGAUUCGGUUACGGUGGCUGGCCAUUCAACCACCUUAGGUUAGUUUUCGGUCUUGGAAUGGGUUGCGGUGUUGGAUUCGGGUUCGGGUUCGGGCAAGGGAUUGGUUACAACUUUGAUUUCCAAACUCGCAAGUCUAGAAAGUCUAAGAAAAAAUUUGAAGAUUCCAACAAAACUAUUGUUAUUCAGAUAUGAUAUGAUUAUUGUUUUUCCACGUUAUUGCAAUUUUCAACUUGUGAAUUUUCUUCACUAAGUAGUAGUGACUUGUUCUUAUGAAUUUUUAUUCUGCUUAAUUAUGCUAUUGAGUUGUUAAAUUGGAAUA